GAGAUGGCUGGAGGCGAGCGAGAUGGAGCAGGUCGUCGGUUGGACCCACGUCGCCCCGCUGCCCCGAUCGAUCCAUGGGCCGCGGGACUGGUGGGCGGACAGUUGGAGGACCUCAAGCAGCAGGCCCUCUCUGAGUUCUCUGCGCUGGCGCUCGAGACCCUCACACGGGAACUCCCGUCGGCCUUGGGGCGAGCUGCUGGCCCGCUCUUCGAGAAGCUGGAGAAGAAGUGGGCGGAUGCGAUCAAGCGGGUACAGAAUCAGUUGGACGAGCAAGGAGGCAGACUCACCAAUGUGGAGGGGCACACGCGGGUGCUGGAGCAGCGGCUGGCACACCUGGAGAAGGAGCUCGAUCUCGCGCGGGCUCGUCCUCGAGAGGUGCCUGUCGUGUCAUUUGACUGGGACAGGGCAGUGGAUCACUCGAUCCUCGUGGUGCGGUCCCCCGACAUGGUGCCCAAGGCCGGCGUCCAGGAGGCGCUCACGGAGUGGCUCAAGGACGCGAACUUCGCCUUUGGGAAAGAGGCCGAGCUCGUGGGGGACGACAUGGGCAAGCAGUUCACGGUUGCCUUCUUGGGUCCUAUGCAGGCGACGAGAGAGUCUCGGCGUCGUCAGGCCCAGGGGGCACUCAGGUUUCCGACAGGAAGGUGGAGGGACUUCGCGGUCACGGUGGGCGGGCGCCGGUCUCCCAUUUUCGUCUCCGUGGACAAGAACAGGAAGGAGGUCGCCACGGAGAUGGCAUGCAAGAAGUUGCGCAAGGUGGAGUGGAACCAGGCAGCGCUGGGCGACCUCGGGCUGGGCCACCAACAAGUCAUUGAUCUUGCCCGUAAGACGUUCGUU